AUGGCGCUGACGGCUCAAACUACAGUUCCCAGCACGCUCCGCGCCACCUGGGAGCACGCGCUCAAGCAGGGCUGUAAGGAGGACUGCCGCUCCUGUCGUCCCCUGCGGGCGGCCAGCAUACCGUCCCGCGUUUGCCUCGGUCUCCGCCCCCCACCCCGAGCCGUGGACAUGGAAGUGGACGCUGGCUCUGUGGUCUCGGUGCUGUCGAGCGGGGAUGGAGCAGGUGCGGGCCCGGCCGAUGAGGACCGGGAGAUGGAGGGGGCUCCCAGCUGUUCAGGGUCGCGCUCUCUCCCCUUCCAGUUCGAGCGAAGCCGCUCGGAGUCCAGCGGCGAUGAAGACGACGACGAAGACGACGAAGAAGAAGAGAUGGAAGAAGAGGAGCUCGAGGGGGAUUCUGGGGCACGGUUCGGGACGGACGACGGGGAGCUCGACUCGGACGACGACCGUGAGGUAAGGGCGAGGGAGAGGCGGAUGAUAAACCUCGCAGACUUGAUCCCUUACAUUCUGUGUUCCAUUUGCAAAGGUUACUUUAUCGAUGCUACAACUAUUACAGAGUGCCUGCACACCUUUUGUAAAAGCUGCAUAGUGAGACACUUCUACUAUAGCAACAGAUGUCCAAAAUGCAAUAUCGUCGUCCAUCAGACACAGCCCCUUUAUAAUAUCAGACUGGACCGGCAGCUGCAAGACAUAGUCUAUAAAUUAGUUGUCAAUUUGGAAGAAAGAGAGAAGAAACAAAUGCAUGACUUCUAUAAGGAAAGAGGAUUAGAAGUGCCCAAACCAGCUGUCCCACAGCCAGUUCCAGUGAGCAGAGGAAGACCUCGAAAAGUUCUGGGCUCUGUGUUCCGGAUCCCACCAGAGCUUGACAUCUCCAUACUUCUGGAGUUCAUUGGAGCUGAUGAAGGCACAGGGAAUUUUAAGCCUUUGGAAAAGAAGUUUGUCCGUGUUUCAGGGGAGGCAACAAUUGGACAUGUGGAGAAAUUCCUCAGAAGAAAAAUGGAUCUGGACCCUACUUGUCAGGUGGACAUAAUAUGCGGUGAUCAUCUGCUGGAACACUACCAGACACUGAGGGAAAUUCGUCAAGCCAUAGGAGAAAGUGCAGUGCAGGAUGGUUUACUUGUACUGCACUAUGGCCUGGUAGUAUCUCCACUACCUAUAACUUAA